AUGGCACACCAGCUGCACUGGGCCGACACUUAUGUGUUCUCCUUCAACUUUCUUGCGAUCAUCCCGCUGGCAUGGCUCAUAGGGAAAGCCACAGAGGAUGUGGCCGCCAGGAUAGGGGAGACGGCUGGUGGUCUUCUGAAUGCAACCUUUGGCAAUGUGGUCGAGAUGCUGCUCUGCAUUGCCGGAAUUCGCAACAACGAAAUCAGCGUUGUCCAAUGCACGCUGCUUGGGUCUAUCCUCAGCAACCUAUUGCUGGUAAUGGGCUGUGCCUUCCUCUUCGGCGGCCUCUACUACCCGAUCCAGCGGUAUAAUCAGGCCGGGGCUGCUACGCAAUGCUCUUUGAUGGCCCUAAGUGUUUUCGCGAUUGGUUUGCCGACCAUCUAUGUCAACGUGCUCAAGCAGGAGUCUGAGUGGGAGCACAUGGUGGAGGUGUCACGAUGGGCUUCGGUGUGCCUCCUUGGCGUCUAUUUUGCGUAUUUGGUGUUCCAACUAAAAACGCACGCAAGCCUCUUCCAGGACGAAGGCGAAGGCGAGGGCGAGGAGGAAGAGGAGCCAGACCUAAGCCCAGUCACGGCAGCAAUUUUGCUGCUGGUUUGCACCGUGGUUACAUCCUAUGCGACCGACGCCCUCAUUGAAGCCAUCAAGGGGACGAUUGAUGAGUGGAAAGUGUCCAAAGAGUUCAUUGGCAUCAUCUUGCUGCCAAUAAUUGGUAACGCUGCCGAGCACUACACUGCAAUCAAGGUAGCUAUGCAGAACAAAAUGGACCUGUCCCUUGGUGCGGCUGCCUCAUGUAGCUGCAGGGUCGUCAUGUCAGAUGGCUCUACUCGCCCGGUACUUCUAUUCUCGGUCUUCCUGGUCAACUCAAUUUUAAACAAUGGCCAGUCGAACUGGUUGGAGGGCUACAUACUCCUCGUAACAUACUUCGUGGUUUCACUGAUCUACUUCUUUGAGGGUACCGAGAAUUCCCUCGCUUCAGAGGCCUGA